CAAAACUUAACUCAAAAUUCUCCCAAAAAAUCCAAACCUUGAGCAUCGCAUAUUGUUUUCUCCCAAAAUUCUCGUCUAGGUCAUCCAAUAUUCUUGUCCUGGUUUUUCUCCGCAUCGAUAUUAGGCCCUUCACUCAACAUAGUAACCAUGAGCCAUUCCAACAACAUUCCAACGUUCAAGAUGUCACCAUUCUCAUCAUCCAGCAGCAGCGAUAUCAUUGAAGUGACGCCUCAAUUCCCGAUGACGAUGAGCAACGAACGCUAUGAACACAAUCAGCGCUCUGAACCACGUUCAGCAUCCGACGGUUCCCAUUCCUUCAUAAGGACAAGAGUUCCGGACAACAUGCAACCCAAUGCGCGGAUGGGCCCUCCAACAAACCGAGAAACGGGCAACAUUUUCUUCAAAACCCGUAUUUGUACUAAGUUCGGGUUUGGUACCUGUAGAAACGGUCAAAAUUGUACCUUUGCUCAUGGGGCUGAUGAUAUAAGAAGGCCACCGCCGAACUGGCAGGAGCUUGUCGGUCCUCGCACCGAAGAACGGCUGCAAUUGGGUGGGAAUGGGAAUUGGAGUGAUGAUCAAAAAAUCAUUCAUAAGAUGAAGCUGUGCAAGAAGUAUUGCAAUGGGGAGGAAUGUCCUUAUGGGGAUAAGUGUAACUUUCUUCAUGAGGAUCCAGCCAAGUUUAGGGACGAUUCAUGGAAACCAAGAGAGUACUCUGCAAUCAACAUUGAAACUUCUAAUAAUUCAGAAGGCAGUAGGGCUGGAACUAAGCAGGAAAAGGGCACUUAUUGGAAGACUAAGAUGUGUCUCAGGUGGUUGAAUACCGGGAGCUGUCCCUUUGGUGAUGGCUGUCACUUUGCUCAUGGAGAUGCAGAGUUACAAGUUCCUGGUGGAGACAUUGAAGAUGAAGCUGCAGUUGCCAUAGCAAAUUCAACAAGAGUUGUCGUUCCAACUUUACCAACAACAGGUUCUUCUGCCAAUUAUGCGCCUACUACUUUACCAGCAAAUGUACCUGCGACAACGGACGAAGAGAGGAAGGCUAAGAAGGAAUUACUUUGGAAGAAAUUAAACAAGAUCAACCGUAUUUAUGGCGAUUGGAUUGAUGAUUUACCUCCAGACUUGCCAAGUACAACAGAGCCUUGAGUUGAAUUACGUGCUCUUGGAAACAGCCCGUGUCGAUGAGGAUUCUUCUCCGCUGUCAAAUAAUUUUGGAAAUAUGGUUAAUUGAUCACUGAUCAAUUCAUAUAAUUACCUUUAUUGCUUCAUUUUACUGGUAAUUAGUACAUUUUUUCGAGGAAUUCAGCAACUUUUAGUGGAAUUCUAAGUUGGGUGAACAUGGGGCAAAUUUCUGAAGCAAAGUCCAUAUUUAAAAUAGGUUAUAUCAUAGAUAUAAUAUAUAUUUACAUUCAUAUAUGAAAGUGUGGAUAGCAUAUCAGUGUUGUUUAUAGAUAUCAUAUCUUACAUUGGUAUGUGACAGAAUGUGGUUAAGUGAACCAUGUUUUAUUAGUGACAUUAGUAGCAGGUAUCCUAAGGUUGCAGAUUCUUAUUUGGUGAAAGCAGAGUAUAGACACAAAGUGGUAUACAUGUGGCUGGUUAUUGGAGCCUUAGUUGAAAUUUGAAGGUUUUAUGACAUGUUAAGAUGUUUCUCUUGUGUUUCUUCUUUGUGGGUACUUUAAAUAUUUUUCUCACCUGUCUCCUAUUUAGUGAAUCUUUUUGUGGUCUCAGCCUGUUA